CUUCGAGAACGGAUGACAACAGGGCAACUUGCAAUACUUGCAAAGUAGAUAUUUCAUUUAAGGGAGGAAACACUACGAAUAUGCAAAAGCAUUUGCUCACAAAACACGCGAUGACCUUAAAUGAAUGUCGUGUUUUUAAUUCCGCUCCGGACUCGUGAAUCUCAACCCAGCAGCAGCGGUAACGUUUGCACGUCCUCUCCCGUUAAUGCGGCAGGCGACCAUGAUGAGAGACACAGACAGAGUCUGGCUGGCUCAGAUGCUGGCAGUUCUCACUGCAGUCUACCGGUAGCGUCUCCUUUCAGGCCAGGAUAGACGAAUGUCACCGAGCAGUGACUAAGUUUGUGGUAAAAGGCUUGCACCCAUUUGCCACAGCAGAUGCCCCCGAUUUUCGACAGCUGCUGUAACACUGUGACCAAAAUCCAAAGUUAUGAGGGAUAUUCAGAGGACAUCUUCUGUUCAUAUGAGCCUCGGUACCAGAACUACCUCAAGUACAUCUGCAGAGGAAACCGGUCCUCCACAUGUCUGCAACAGGCACUAAUCACCUCUGACAACAAACAAAAUGGUAGAAUCAAAUUUAAUGAUGAUAUUGGGUCAGGAAAAUUCACAAUGACCAUCACCAGUUUGGCCCAAAGUGAUUCAGGAACAUACCUUUGCGGUGUCCAAAAAAACUUUGUCCUGGAUGUUUUUUCUGCUGUUGAACUGAACGUCAAAGAGUGGUGCUGUGUCAAGUCAAACACAGAGAGUGGAACUGCAGGAUAUCCACUAACAUUUCAGUGCCCUUAUCCUUCACAACAUCAUGAUAAUAGCAAGUUUCUCUGCAAAGGAGACCACCGCAACAAUUGUACAAAUGUGACGAGUCAAAGCAGGUUCACAGUGCAAGAUGAUGGUUUUUCCCACUUUUUCUUGGUGAUGAUCGCAGAGCUGGAAACAGCUGAUGCUGGGACAUACUGGUGUGGGUCAGACUCACAGUGGAGAGUUGAAAACUACACUAAGGUUGAGCUGUCAGUGGAAGCGGUGCACUACGCAGUUUACGCUGUUGUCCCUGUGGUUUUACUAAUAUGUGUCCUAGUUAUUAUUUAUAAGUACAAAUGUUACAACGUGAGAGAAACUGAAGCUGUCAUGAACAGAAAUACACCCAAAGCAGAAGAUGUGAUAGCAGAAGAAGGCGGAAUUUAUGGAAAUCAAGAAUUUGUGGUGACCUUCAAACAGCAAAGCGCCUUGAACCACUUUGAUGAUCCAGUGGGAGAUGAACCAGAUUACAAAAACUUCACAACUGAAGAACUCUACUGCAAUGAAAAUUACCAUAAAGCUAACAAAAGAUAAAUAUUUACAUGUACUUAAACUGUGGGUCUUAAGUGAAUACAGAUUAUCCUGUUUGAUUCAUCUUUAACAUGAGAUUCACAGCAAUGUACCGCUGUUGCUCAACAUUUUCACUGUCUUGUG